AUGGCGACGCGGCUGCUGCUCCGGCUCCGCUCCAUCAGCCAGCCUCUUCCUCCGGCACAUAUUCCUGGCUCCUGCUCUUCGGCUGCCCAACUCGGAAAUUGUGUCCUUCACUGCCCGCCGCCGGGCAUGCGGGAACUUCAUGUCUUGCCAAGAGCAGUACCCAACAACAGUCGGUGGUUAAGUUGGCAUUCUUCGUCGUCCAAGCCCCCUCGCCGCAUCCUCACGAAUGUGCUCUUUGCUGCGUCCUUCUCCACUGCCGGCCUUCUCAUCGAUGACACAUCAUCGGAGGAUAAGCAGAAAUCGCCGCCCAUGGGCCCAAUUGAUACUGGAAGCAACAAGAAGAAGACUCACAAGAGGGACUGCACCAACGCUCUUCUCGCCAUCAAUGUCAUGGUUUACGUCGUGGAUGUAGCAGCAAGAGGGAGGCUUUCUCUGUGCGGAGCUAUGGUCAACGAGAUGGUCAAGAAAGGGCAGAUCUGGCGUUUGGUGACACCAUGCUUCCUUCAUGGUGGUCUUAUUCAUCUUGGGGUAAAUAGUCUCGCUUUGCAUGAUAUUGGGCCUAUGGUGGAAGAGGUCACUGGCCCUGCAAGAUUUCUAACUAUUUAUUUCACUUCGGCAUUGGCAGGUUCACUCAUGAGUUAUUGUGCUGGCAUCGGAUCUUCUGUUGGUGCGUCCACUGCUACCUGUGGAUUGAUUGGUGCACAAGCUGUUUAUAUGUGGAGGCACCGAAACCAUUUGGAGAAAACAAAUGUAACUUUAGGGCGAAUUGCAUUUGAUGUUGUAAUCAAUGCGGGCGUUGGCCUCUACGUAAUGAAACGCAUAGACAACUGGGGUCAUUUAGGAGGCUUGCUUGCGGGAGUGGUUGUUGAAUGUUUUGUCGGUCCACAUUGGAAGAAGGUAGGUGUUGCAGAGGAUAGAACGAAGGUGAUCCAAGACACGGCACCUCUUGCUCGGCUAACCAAUGGUGGUAUAAGACCACAAAAAACAGUCUUUACUGAGACAGAAGAAGGGUUGUUCGCAAAGUGAAACACAUGCAUAUUCCAGCCUCCAAAGUUGACUUGUUUUGGUGAGACUAGUCGAUGGAUUGGAGCUAACCCGUUGUACUACUUCCGAAGAGUCCAGACUACUUAUGAUAUUGUUACUGGUCCAAAGUCACCAGAUUUUUUUUUUUAGAAAUGGAGGAGGACACCCGGCCUCUGCAUCUGGACGAUGCAUGUAGCCAC